AUGGAUGGGAGUCUGAAUUUGGAGAAUCAAGAAAUGAACCUCACACGACAAAGAGACGUGCUUUUGACCUUCAAUGUACUCCACACAGCUUAUAGUUUUCCACUUCCACCGAUUGCAGACCUCCUGCCCAGCUCUUCAUCAGCUCCAGAAAACCUCCAGCCCUGCUCAUCUACAGCCCCAGGAGUUUGGAUCGAGGAGAUAGUGGAUCAACCAAACGAACCAGGUGAUCUGAUGUUCUUUGAGGAGGAAGUUCAAGAAAUAGAAAUAGCAGACGCAGACAUACAAAUAGAAGAAGACAUGAAUAAUAACGGGACAGAAUCCAAAAGACGGGGAAAAGGUAAAGGUAAAGGAAAAGGCAGACGCAGGAAAGGGCACAAGGGAUGGACGAAAAAAUGUGAGUACAGCAAUGUUUUAAUACAGCACUAUAGUUUAAUAAUUAGAAGAGAAGAAGAGAAAUAA